AUGUGGGUGAGGGAGUGGUUUUCCAAAGCCGAUAAAAACAGAGACGGACUGAUGACGUUUAAAGAAGCAAAGACUCUGCUCAAGAUGAUGAACGUGGAGAUGAACGACGACCACGCCCUGCGCCUCUUCACUCUGUCUGAUAAGCUGGGGCGUGGCUCUCUGGACAUGGAGGAGUUUGUCUUCUUCUACAAACUGCUGACGCAGAGAGACGAGGUGUGGAAGGUUUUCCAGGACUUCUCCUCAGACGGAGAGCGCCUCCUGCUGGCCGAGCUCAGCUACUUCCUCUGCAACGAACAGAAGGAGGCGCAGGAGGAGGACCAGCAGGAGAGAGCGGAGGAGAUGAUCCGACUUCCCGCUCUCCCCUUCUCUGUGUCUAUUGAGCGCCACCUCUACCAGCCCCACCUCUACCAGCCCCACCUCUACCAGCCCCACCUCUACCAGCCCCACCUCUACCAGCCCCACCUCUACCAGCCCCACCUCUACCAGCCCCACCUCUACCAGCCCCACCUCUACCAGCCCCACCUCUACCAGCCCCACCUCUACCAGCCCCACCUCUACCAGCCCCACCUCUACCAGCCCCACACCUACCAAAUACAAAAAGCCUUCUGA